AAGAUAAUUGUCAAAAAUGGUUAGAAAAAGCACGACAUGGUAAAAAACAUUUAAGAGAAGAUUAUGAUGAAAAUCAAGAUGUCACAUCAUUAGUUUCUAUAGAACCAAGCAUUAAUUCAACAAACUAUUCUUUUGCAUUUUCAUCUACACAAUCUAUACAACCUAGUUUUACUGAUACUCAACCAACUACUAUGUCUUGUAGUUGGCCAUUUAGGUGGGUAGAAAAUGCUGAAGCCCAAGAAAUGAUUCAUUUUGUUAAUUCAGCAUUACCUUUACCAUCAAGAAAAAAUUUAGCUGAAAAAAUUUUAGAAAAUACAGCAAAAGAUAUUAAAAUAUAA